GUCAAAUACUGUCAUCUGUCACUGCGCGUAAAUUGUGUUGUGAGAGUGUUUUUAACAAACAAACAAUGGGGAGUAUUUCAUUAAAUCUGAAUAACCCUGCUGUUCAGGCUUAUCUCGUGAGCGCGGGAGUGUUGAAGCUUAACAUGGCGGUGUGGGGGCUCACUUCGAGAUCCACAUACAAGAGACGUGAACAUGUGUUUGUUACUGAGGAUAAUAUUUUUUUUAUCGUUGCAGCGCUGUACCUUAGCACGGCUCCCGAGCCAGAACUGGCCGUGGAUUUGUUUAAAAUAUACACUAUAGGCCGAAUCGGGCACACCAUUGUGUAUGACUUUACGCCAUUAAGAGCAAUAUGUGCCAGUUUCCCCUUCUUCACUACAGUCUGCAUGAGUGUUAGCGUAGUUAUGUUCUAUGCCAAAGCAUUUCAACGCUGAAUGAGUGUAAAUUACAGUUUUACGGACAAAAUUAGUACAUAUUUAGUUUUUUUUAAUUUCGUAUUUGAUUUUGGUAUGCAAUAUUAAUUGAUUUACUUUAUUUAUUGGAAUAAGUCAGCCAGAUGAUUCAGGUGCAAGCUACACUUGUGUGCAGAGGAUUCCAUGCAUUUAACGAUGGUUUACGGCCAAUAAGAUUGAGAGAUGAUAAAAUGUUUUGAUAUGAUAGCGUACACAGUAACAGGUGACAGCAUAUCAAGGCAAACUGGCAUCUAAUCUAGAUGUAAUAGAUGCUAAAAAAAGUGUAGUCAGACUUGUACAUGUAUGUCGGCUCAAAACGGAACAAAGCACUUAUUGCGUAAGGCACCGGCCGGCGAGCGUAGCGAGUCCGAGCGAGAGAAUAGCGACGACCAUACGAGUCGACAGACGCCGAUCACGAGGCAGACGGCAUACGUUGUGCAAACGUUGUGUUGAGAAACAUUUUAUAUAAAAUCAUAAUCAUGGCGAGCAUUUCUCUGGACAAUCCUGCUGUGCAGUCCUAUCUCUUCUACUCGGGCGUGUUGAGCCUGAAAAUGCUUGGGAUGUCGUCGCUCACUGCAAGGCAAAGGUUUGCAAAAAAAGUGUUCGCGAACGAGGAGGACGCCUCAUCUGCGAAAGGUGUUGUAAAAUUCGACGACCCGGACGUCGAGAGAGUGAGGCGCGCACAUUUGAACGAUUUGGAGAAUAUUCCUGUGUUCUUCGCUGUGGGAGCUUUGUAUCUGACUACGGCGCCUGACAACGAUCUGGCCGUGAACCUGUUUCGGGCGUACGCCGCCGGGCGGAUCUUGCACACCGUGGUGUACGCCAUAAAACCUUUGCCUCAGCCGGCGAGGGCGAUCGCCUUCAGUGUGCCUUGCUUCAUCACAAUCUUCAUGGGCGUUAAAGUGGUCAUGCACUACGCUAAAGCGUUUAAUAACGCCCGCGUACGUAAAAUUUACACAAUGGUACUUUCUGUCAGCGAUCCAGCGGUACAGUCGUACAUAUUCUAUUCAGCUAUAUUGGGCUUGAAGCUGUUAGCCGUAGCAGUGUUGACUGGGCGCGUGCGCUACAAGAAGAAAGUGUUCGCCAACCAAGAAGAUGCUAGGACUAGAGACAGCAAAGUGAAGUACGACGACCCAGAUGUAGAGCGAGUGAGACGGGCCCAUUUGAAUGAUUUGGAGAACAUUCCUGUAUUUUGGGUGCUUGGUGCGUUGUACCUGACGACGGCGCCGGUUGCUUCGUGGGCAACGUUGCUGUUCCGAGUGUUUACGAUUGGUCGGCUGAUCCACACUUUCGUGUAUGCUAUUGUACCGUUACCGCAGCCAGCAAGAGGAAUCUCCUUCGGUAUCCCGUAUCUUAUUAACAUAUACAUGGGUGUGCAAGUCGUGAUGCACUACGUUUCGGCAUGGUAAAGUUUAUCGACCGCUAGUGAUAGUGUGAUGUGUUAGUGAAAACUGAGGUCCAUAUUAUGAAAUGACACGUGAAACAAUUCUAGCUUGUUAUGGUCUAACUAAAUCAUUAUUUAUUUAAUCAUUUUUAAUAGUUUCAGUAGAACUGUUUUCAAUUGAGUUAUUAGCGCUGUUUCAUAAUAAGACAUGCCUGAGAGUGUUACGUGUUUAACGUGUUGGUUUUUCUAUUUGAUACUUUUUGUAUUUUUGUUUAAAACGGGGUAUUAUAAAAAAUCUUAAAAU